AGCUGCAAAUAUGAGACGAACACAGUAGUAGAUCAUUUUAAUAAUGGGAGAAUUAUACCGCUUCCCCUUCCCCAGAAAAUGAGUUAGUAUAGAUUAUUUUUUUUUUGCCCUAGCUUGCAAAGUACAGAAAUGGAAAUGGAGAGGCCUUUAAGUAUUGGGUACUAAUAGCGCAAUGGAUGGGCGAGCGGUGUCUCGGUCUUAUUUACCUUAUUAUACUUAAUUUUCACGUCACUUUCAUUUCGCGAAUUUCGCGAUUGUAAAAGAUUCGCGAAAAUAAAGUGUCGCGAAAAUUAAGUGAGUACACAAGAAGCCUUUGGGGGAAUAUUGGCCGUUUAAUAAGCUUUGUGAAAACACCUUGUCUAUUUAGCCAUCUAAUGGACACAUAGUACGGUAACGUUUUUUGGAGCGACCCGUUGACAGUAGAUUCCACCACCCGUGUCACCUGCUGAUUGAACGUACCUAGCUAAAAGAGGAACAAAGUCCAAGAUAUAGGGUAUUAACUGCUUCUGAUGAAAAAAAAAGCAGAUAAUGACGUCCAGUCUAGGGACCUGAUGGUUUACUCCCAAAACCUUUUUGGGGCAAAUAUAAUUUCUGAUCUGCAAUGUCGAGAGACAAAAAGCUCUUCUUUGUGCUAUUACUUGUUGCUGUAGCAAUUGUUGUGUUCUUCUCUCAAACAAGCCUCCCUGACUUCAUGAAAACUUCGCAUGGCAAAAUCGCAAGAUCUAGUGAUGACCAGAUGGAUUCUGUCGUUACAUCACAGAUUGAUAAGCGCGCUCUGUUCAAAGUGUCCACGAAAGAACAAACACAUGCAAGUAUGAAGACACAAGCUGAUGAUGGUUUAACCAGCGAGGAGACUGAGAUCGAGAAGGCUGUCGAUGCCGAGUGGCAAUCAGUUGUGCAGACUAGAAACACGACGAUGAACCCGACUACAAUCCAACCGAUCAGCGCAGCAAUUACUGGAAAAGCAAUAUUAAACGGCGUGUUGGGAAAUUUAGGUGAUGCGUACGGUGGAGUGUCCAGUGGGAGUAGAUGUGACAAUAUUGGGCUGCGCAAAUAUCGCAAGCACAAAGAAAAGCCAAAAUGCGUCGCCCACAUGGCUCAAGCUAAAUAUUGUAAGCUGGCACAUGAAGCUUACAAAACGCAUAAGAAGCCGUUGACGUGCGCAGAUCGGAUUGAUAAGUCGUUCUGUGUGUUUCGUGAUUCAUGGCGAGAAUCCAAGGAAACCAGGGUAGCACUUGACUGCGAUGUGUCACCCUGUGGGGGAAACCCGGUUUAUGUGUUAAACAUAGAUCCUAUAUACGGGAUUCUAGAACCCGUAGAUAAGUGGUACGAGUUUUCGUCUGCGGCGGAGCUACAGGACUUUUUACCGGACUACGUCAUCAAGACUUCAAUGACCGGUUCAAGCUUUUGCUUUCUUCGUUGCAAAAGUAAGCUCACAAGUAAUCGAAUAAUCAAGCAAAUCUUAUUGUACCCUCCAGUAAUGCCGCGGCUCAAUAGAACCAAGUCUCAGCUACUGAACUUUAAUGUAAUUGUGCUCGAUUCUGUGUCUCGGGCUCAUUUUUACCGUUUGCUGCCAAAGUCGGUAGAUGUUAUGAGAUCGUUGGCCAAAGAGGAGACUGUGGCUAUGCUGGACUUUGAACUUCUCCAAAACACGUCUCCCUCUACUUUGAGUGACAUCAAGGCUUUCAUGUCCGGGGAGAAAACUUAUGCCAAAUCUUAUAACACUGACACACUCUACGGCCAACUUAAGAAGAAAGGUUACUUUACACUUGUACAGGAAGACAGCUGCUGGUACGAUAAGCACGGCUGCCUGCUCAUUGAUUAUAGCCAACGAAAUAGUACCCCCUCUACAUGGUCGGAGUUCGCACAGUGGUACGACGCGUUUACGGACCAAGUCGGUGCCUUGCACAUCGACGACCUUGGCCUAAUGCCCAGUGCGUGUGAAGUAUACCAGCAGUAUGGCACGACAAAUCAGAUUGAUAAGCCGCGCAGGGUUUGCUUCGGUGGAAAGGUGUACGCGGAUUAUUAUUUUGAUUACGCGAGGAAGGUGUUUGAUGCGCAAAGGGAUUCAGGGGGAAUUACUCCGGUAUUUGCGUACACACGUCUUGGUACGGGGAAUGAGGUAACAGGGUCACGUAUCAAGCAAAUUGACACAAGCCUUGCGAGGUUUCUUCAAGACAUGGCUACAAAGAGUAGCACCCUGACCAUGAUCCUCUCCACCCAUGGCCCCAAGAACACGAAAUAUGCACUACACACAAUGGAAGGUCGAUCGGAGAUUUAUGACUCGCUCUUGUAUAUGAUAGUCCCUGAGAAUGCUGCAGAGAUUUUAGGAAGAGAGAGAAUGGAAGCUUUGGUCACGAACCAAAAGCGGUUAGUCACAACGAUGGAGCUUCACUAUGCUAUAGUUUCCACCUUGACCCAUGUGGGAGCCGUUAAAGAAGGCGUUUUUCGGGUCAUACCGGAUCGCACAUGCGCAGACAUAUCGAUCAAAUCUUUCGCAAUUUGUAAGUGCGAGGGUUGGGAGAAGCAUUUCACUGAUAACCACGAGUCGUUUGCGUGGCUUGCGGAGCGUGCACUUGGGAAAAUCAAUAAUGUUGUACAGAAGAAAUUCAUGAAAACUCACAGAGCUGGUGGCUAUGGUCAAUGUCAAAGAUUAGUUGGUCACAGUUUUGAAAAAAUCCACCGGCGAAAAGAGAAAAAUCAUUACAUAGUUACCAUGGAUUUAGUAGUCGUCCCUGACUUCCAGAUCUUUGAGGUCCAGAUUAAGUACCCGCUGAGAUUUCGUGUUCAUAGGAACGCUGUUGGGAUCACAGGCUUGCGGCGAGUGAGUACUUUUAAUCAUUAUGCGCAAUGCGUCGACACAAGUGUACCAACCGAUAUGUGCGUCUGCAACUCACGGAGAAAAACAAAGAAACGUAAGCACCCCUGGGAUUGGCUAGUCGUGGACACGAGACAGCAAAUCAUGGCCAUUAUAAACAGAAGUAGAAUGUUUGGUGUGAAAACUAAUGUGGAAGAUUUGCAUGCGUCAUGCUUGAUGCUUCUCUCUCGAAAACAUGGCGCUCGUAUUGUGGUGUUCGAGCUAGCAAACGCUUGUGACGACCGGAAGUACGAAGUGCGCAUGAUCGGAAAAAGUAAAGGUGUCUCUGUAACAUCGCGUGACCUACCUUUCUCGCUGACGCUAAAGCCAUUAACGGUGCAUUUUUUGUUUAGUGUUUAUCAUGUGAAGAGGCCGUACGGUUUCUUUUUAAAAACUUCUUAUUCUGCUUACAUAAGGAGCAGUGAGUAGAGUUACACUCAACGUGCACAAGAAAUGUUGUAGGGGUCCUGCUUAUUGUCCUUCGCAGGGAGAUGAAAAGUUGUUUUAGCGAUUGUAAAGGACAACUUUGUGAGAGUGUGACUGUCGAGUUCGCAAAAGUUGAAAGAUAUUUUAUCUAAAUUGGAAUAGGGCAGUAAAGAAACAAGCAAUCAACUACACAAACAUUCAGUUAGGCGGGCAGGCAGAUCAACUAGACAGCCAAUCAAAUAAACGGGUAAUAAGCUUGACAGCCAAUCAAAUGGACAAGCAAGUAACUAGACACACAAGCGACUCGACAACCAAUCAAUUAUAAAGGCAAGUAAGUGGACAGGAAAUAGCUAGACAGCCAA